GAAAACUAGGGAUCUGGGAUCAGCUUUGGGAAUGUGGUCCCAGAGGGUCUGUGGGGUGUUGACGGCCGUCGUGGUGACUGUGGCGUCAGGAAUAUCCCAGAUCCACCCACUCCUCUCCCUCCCAGAUGGGAAAACCAUGGAUUACGCCGAGGUGUCCGGCACGUUCGUGCGCCUGGCAGACACCCACUUCAUCCGGAGGUGCCCGAUGGUCCCGGAAAACCCCCGGAAUGCCACGGAGCCGCCGCCCCCCGCGCCCGCCCUGGCCAUCGCCGAGAGGGACAUGUACGUCGUGCCGCGGCUCAGCCUCACCGGGAAAGGGAAGAGGAGACGCUCGUGCGACGAGGAAGAGGACGGACAACGCAAGGCCAAGAGGCAGAAGCAGGAGGGAGGAAGCUCGGAGCCCCCACCGGACGACGGCAUUUACUGGCAGGUGAACCUGGAGCGUUUCCACCAGCACUUCCGUGACCAGGCUCUGGUCAGCGCCGUGGGCAGCCGCAUGGACCAGACCAGCAGCGAGGUGGUGCGGACGAUGCUUCGCAUGAGCGAGGUGACCACGGCCUCGGGCGCGUCCCACACCCAGCCCCUCUCCUCCAACGAGAUAUUCCGGGCUCUUCCUGCUGGGUACAACAUUGGGAAGCAGGUGCUGGACCAGUACCUGGCGCUCCUGGCUGAUGAUCCGCUGGAAUUUGUGGGGAAGUCUGGGGACAGUGGUGGGGGCACCUACACCGUCAACCUGCACAAGGCCCUGGCAUCUCUGGCCACGGCCACGCUGGAGUCCAUCGUGGAGGAGAGGUUCGGCUCCCGCUGCGCCCGGAUCUUCCGCCUGCUCCUGCGCAAGAAGCACCUGGAGCAGAAGCAGGUGGAGGAUUUUGCCAUGAUCCCGGCCAAGGAGGCCAAGGACAUGCUCUACAGGAUGCUCUCCGAGAACCUGGUGUCCCUGCAGGAGAUUCCCAAGACUCCGGACCACGCUCCAUCCCGCACCUUCUACCUGUACACGGUGAACGUGGCGGCUGCUGCCCGGAUGCUGCUGCACCGCUGCUACAAGAGCGCCGCCAACCUGAUGGAGCGCCGGCAGCACGAGACGCGGGAGAACAAGAGGCUCCUGGAGAAGUCCCAGCGGGUGGAAGCCAUCCUGGCCUCCAUGCAGGCCACGGGCGCCGAGGAGGAGCAGCUGAGGGAGGUGGAGGAGAUGCUGACGGGGCCCGAGAGGCAGCAGCUGGAGAACCUCAAACGCAACGUCAACAAGAUCGACGCCAGCGAGAACCAGGUGGACGAGACCAUCUUUGUGCUGGAGUCGUUCAUCGAGAGCACCGUGAAGAGACCCUGAGGGAACGGGGCAGGGACAGGGAUGGGGACAGGGACAGGAGUGGGGAAAGGGUCAGGAGUGGGGACAGGGACAGGAGUGGGGACAGGGACUGGCCGCCUCCACCUGUGGUGCUUGUGCUGCUGCGGGGAAUAAAGCAACAGUUGCUGAUGGCACCUGAGUGUCAACGGGGGACAGGGACACAGAGGACAUGGGGACAGCUGUCACCCCUCAGUUUGGCUGUUCAUGGAUCCCCCCUCAGUUUGGGUGUUUAAUGAUCACCCCUCAAUUUGGGUGUUCAUUGAUCACUCCUCAAUUUGGGUGUUUAUCCCCCCUUAAUUUGGGAGACCCCCUGGCAGGACCAAGGGACCCCCCUGUCCAAUCCCCACACCCCCCCAAAGCUGUAAUUUAUGGCAGUGCCAUUAAUUAAAGAUAUUUAUGGA